GGUUGCUGGGAGGGUUCAGAGCCCUGGUAACGGAGUCGAUGGCGUCCGAUCCGCUCCCUGUGCUUCCCCCGGCGCCUCAGCAAUUCAAACCGAUCCAGCACUACCUGCGCACCGCCCAGGAGCAUGACAAGCGCGAUCCGGUGGUGGCCUAUUUCUGUCGCCUAUAUGCUAUGCAGACUGGAAUGAAAAUUGAUAGCAAAACGCCAGAAUGCCACAAGUUCUUGGUGAAACUAAUGGAUCAGCUAGAGACUAUGAAGAAGCAAUUGGGUGACCAUGAAUCCAUUACACAGGAUGUGGUGGGGAAUGCCCACAUUGAGAACUAUGCCUAUAAGAUGUUCCUGUACGCAGACACUGAAGAUCGUGCGGGAAGAUUUCACAAAAACAUGAUCAAAUCAUUCUACACCUCCAGCCUGUUAUACGAUGUCCUUACUGUGUUCGGAGAGCUCACUGAAGAGAAUGUUCAACACAGGAAAUAUGCAAAAUGGAAGGCAGCAUAUAUCCACAACUGCUUGAAAAAUGGCGAAACUCCCCAGUCUGGUCCCGUUGGGAUGGAAGACGAAUUAUUUGAAAAUGAGGGUAAACAUGAUGGUUCGGAGUCGCCAAUCUUGAAGAAACCCACUGAGUCCAUGCCAGCUGCAGACCUCUCCAACAUACCAGUGCACCCUGGCGAUCACCCACCAUCAAAUUUCUCAACCAUUCAGAUCCCUCCUGGUGCACAUGCUCCAGCCAAUACUCCAGCAGAAGUGCCAGGCAGCUCAGUAUUGCAGAAUACUCCAACAAUACAGCCAGUGCCACAGAAUGUACCAAUAAUCGACCCAGCGUUGUACAGCGUAAAGUCUCAGGGGGAGGUGCGUCUGACCCCAGAAGACUACGCCAGAGCUCAGAAGUACUGCAAAUAUGCAGGCAGCGCCCUACAGUACGAAGACGUGGGGACCGCCGUGCAGAAUCUCCAGAAGGCCCUCAAGUUGCUCACCACAGGGAGGGAGUGAGUCCCAGCCCAACUGUACCCAUACGUAAUUUGUGUCCUCUCCACUGGCACAAAGAACUAACCAGUACGUUGCUCCACUCCACUCUUGCGUAACUAAAGAGCCUUUUGUUUCCCCAUUGGCAUCUCACUUUGAUCAACGGGCCAUGAUGCAUUAUCUUAUCCCAGUGGAAAGAAGAAUAUGCCUUGGGUGCCAGGUGUGAAUAUUAAUGGCUUGUGUCUCCUAGCUAAGGACUUUUUUUUUUAAAAUGGCACUUGUGAUGGCAACACUAAAGAAAAGUGCAUCAGGUUCUUAAUUCUGCUGCUUUUUCUGUGAUGUAACUGUCUUGUCUACAGGCAUUACAGUAAUUUAAUGUAACUAUAGUAUUCCCUUUCACAGCCCUGAGCAGGUUAAGUGGGGGUAUCAUGUCCUACUUGGCUGAUUCCAACAGCAGAGCAUAAUUCACAUCAACAAUCCCUCCCUUCUCUUUCCCAACUUCCUGAUAUCUUGUUCUAAGAUGGGCCAGGUCCAUAGAUGUAUGUUAUGCAAGUUAGCUCAACUUUCCAAUCCAGCUCGCUUCUCAGGCUUCAGAUAUCAUGGGGCUUUUACAAAUGCAAAUGCAAAAAGUGCAAAUGCACCUCAGAGAACAGUGGGACACCAUGUUCUUCCAAGCACAUUUGAAAGAAAGGUGGUGGGUAUCUUAAUUUUGUGCGCAGUUGUUUUCAAAGCCUAUCUUAGAUGUUAUUUGCACAGACAGCCAAACCUCAUGGUGCCCGUCAGCAGCACCUUCCACUGUCUUUGAAAUCCAAUUUGAAUGUUUAUCCGAAUAUCCAUUCAGAGGAGUAAUGUAGCCUUGGAGCUCAUAUAACCAGUUGCCAGAGGAGAUGUUCAGUAUGCAUGGAGAAGUGUCAUUAAGCAUGAUGUCUUGUAAUAAAUAAAUGUGUAUCAGACUGUUUCUCUUUACUUCUGGGAUGUAAGGUGAGAUAAAUUGCACUAGCUAUUAAGAGAGUGUGUGUGUGUGUAUGGCUAACAAUAAAAAUUACCAUUCAUUAAUUGUUUGCAAAAUAAAAUAAGCUUACUGCAACAUAGAGUCAACGCAUAAUAGGUUUAACGUUAUACAAUUGUUCUUGACUUGCUCAUGACAAAGAAAUUUAAUAAAGAAUCAUUGCCCAUUUGGCGGUAUUUCUCAAACCAAGCAAAAUGCCAUCAUCAGCGAGUACAUCCACUUCCCAUUGGCAACCAGAUCCAAUGGGUCAGAUUGCGACAGACGUGAAGUGGUUCCACCUUUUUGUUCCUUGUGCUGAUCAAACCAGAACAGAAAUAAAACGAAUGCAUUGGACUUGUCACUUUAUUGUACCAUUCUGUCUAUGACAAUGAGGCAUUCACUCUACAGUGCACAUUGUGACUAUGUUGCCCAUUUUUCAUGUUUGUUAUAUCUGUCUCUAAUAAAAGUAAUCAAGUCUCCAGCUUAA